AUUAUAAACACACACAUACAUAGAGUGAGGUUGCUAGUUAAGUUCAGUUGUAAUGGCUGUAGAGUGCUAUACCAAAGUGUUUCCAAACAUUGCCACCAAUUCAUAUUUGAAAGAAGGAGCAAGGGUGACUCCUUAUAAGAAAAGCAUUAGUACUGAAAAGGAUGACACUUCCCUCAAGGAAUAUGUGGAGAAGUUGGUAAAGGUUUUAAGUAAGGAUGAUGCAGACUUCACAGUGUGCAGAUUCCACAAUGAGACAACAGGCAGACGACAUUUUUUUAGAAGCCGCGUUUUGGAUGUUCCCCCUGUGCCUCCCCCUGCCAGAGACAUCGCCCCUGGGGAGACACUUGUGUUUGUGCACAUAUCUACCAGAGGAAUUGGUGUUGUGUAUCGUGGACGAAAUAAGCGGGGACAUCGAUGUGAUUGGAUGCUGUCAUGGUGUAACCAACCAAGCAACAAGGUAUAUACUGAGAUUAAUGAAGCUGGCCACUAUGACAAUGAAGCCAUAUGGCCUUUAAUUUUUAUGAAAGUACAUCAAUCUGGCUCCUUUAGCACUUCCACAUGGAAAGGAUGUGUGUCGACUAUGACGAUUGAGGAUAAGCGUGGAGUUGCUGAGCUUUAUGCACGCAUGGCUCUCACAGAACAGUAACAAUGCACAUACGUGUCAAAUUAUGGAAAAUAAAAUAUAAUAAAAGGCACUUACAUAUAUAUAUAUAUAUAUAUAUAUAUAUAUAUAUAUAUAUAUGAUAAUGGCAAAAUGUAUGUGAUGUGAUAAAGUAAUAUCAAUGUAUGGGUGGCGCUAGUGAAUGUCAAAUCAUCACGAUCUAUAUAAUAAAUAAGAUGGCCACAUGUUAUUCUAAAAUGAUAACA